CAGCAGCAGCAGCAGCACACCUGAACACUGACCAAGUGCAAAGACAGAGCUGAGGAAAGAAGACGAUGGAGGAGAAGGGAAGAGAAAAUGGCAUUGCAGCUAUGGCCGCCUGUUACCAGAAAUUUGAUCCGGCAGCAUAUCUGCAGUACAACUACACUCCACCGCGGGCUGAUUUCGCAAGAAAAGACAGCAUCGUGCCUUGGAAACUGGCCUGUCUACACAGAGCUUUCACUGAAGGGGAUGUGAGUGGUGAGCUCCUCGUGGACAUCGGCUCAGGCCCCACGUUGUAUCAGGUGAUGAGCGGCUGUGAGGUGUUCAACAAACUGAUCCUGACAGACUUCUUGGAGGUCAACCGGCAGGAGCUGAGGCGCUGGCUGCAGGAUGAGGGAGGAUGCAGCCUGGACUGGACUCCUUACUUAGAGCAUGUCUGCAAGCUGGAGGGGCGACGGCCCUCAGCUUGGCCAGAGAAAGUUGCCCGGCUGCGUCGUGUCAUCGUAGACAUCCUCCCCAUUGACGUGCACUGCACCCAGCCUUUGGCCCCUGACGCCCUACCUUUAGCCGGGGCCGACUGCCUGGUGUCCUGCUUCUGCCUGGAGAGCGUUAGCCCCGACCUCCCUGCCUUCACCAGGGCGCUGGGUCACAUUGGGAAGCUGCUGCGUCCUGGAGGCCACCUGUUGCUGAUCGGGGCCCUGGGAGAGAGUUAUUAUUUUGGUGGUCCCGGGGUAAGGAUUCCUGUGGUCCCCCUGAAUGAGGCCCAGGUCUGUGAUAGUUUGAAGGAAAGCGGAUUUACUCUGAUCAGGCUUGAAGUCUACACUCUGCCUCAGGAUAUGCGGGUAGGGGUCGAUGAUGUGACCGGGGUGUUUUUUGCAAAAGCCAAGAAAGAUUAAUUGAUGUAGUUGGCAUGUGGGUGCUUAAAGAUGUAGCUAUGCUGUAAAAAUAUUAGUUAUUAAGCAGCUAUAAGUGGUUUUGCUGUCAGAUUACUUCACCUAUUUUUUCUUAGCAUGAGAAUCUGGUUAAAUGUGAUCCUAAAAACUAUCUGAAGAAAGACAAAUCCUCCAAAAUCAAAGUUUCUCGGUCCUUUAACUGUGAGGAACAUAGUUAAUGACUGACCCCUGCAGGUAAAAUACAGCUACUACAGCCUUGGGGUUUUAAACGACAGAAAAUUCUUCUUAUUUAGGAGAUUUUAAAAUAGCCAUAAAGACCUUUGGAGUACUUUGUUAAUGCUCUGUGAGCUAGAGUUAUAUCUAUCUAUUCUGUUUGUUAUCCAUGUUGAAUUGAAAAAAAAAUUUCGUGUCUGUCUCAUUACCUUUCAUUACAUAAAUGUAUUGCUUACAUGUUUAUCCAAAUAUUGAGAAAGUAUAACAUCAAUGUGAAAAGCUUUUAAAAUAAAUCUAAUUUAGCUCAAAAUAAAAGAAGGAGCCUAUUA